AUGGGCGGAACUUCCUCGACAGGCACGUCUUCCGCAGUGGGCGCGCGCAGGCGGCAUUUGGAGCGGGUGCUGCGCGCCGAGCUGCCGUGGAUGGGGGGCGCGCUGGACCCCCUGGUGGUGCAGAUAAUGCGCGAGGUGGUGGAGAUAGAGGAGAAAAUGAGAGAGGGGGAGGGCUUGAGGGAGGGAGUGAGGGAGGGAGUAAGGGAGGGAGUGAGGGGUGAGGAGGGGAGAAUGGAAGGGAGAGGAGAUGUAAAGCUGAAUGGGGAAGAAGGGCGAGAGGAGGAGGAGGGGAGUGAAAGGGAGAGUGGGAGGGAGAAGAGGGGAGGCGAGCUGGAAGAGAGAGGAGGGAAGGGGGUGACGGAAGAGGUGGAAGGGGCCGAUCGGGAGAAUGAGGAAGAUGAGGAUGAUGGGUACCUGGACGAGAGCCCAGGAGCAGAGGCCAUAGAGGCAUGGUUUCGUGUGGCCUACUUGAGUCGAGAGAGGAAGAGGAGUGACGGGGAGGGCUGUUUGCGCGCUUUUGCUGCUCGGCAGAUGGCGGUGAAGCUGAUUACUGCUUAUAGAGGGGCGUGCAGAGAGUGCUGGUUACCACGAGGGGACUGCACGUGUGACGAGGUCUCGCCCAACCCUUCUUUGCUGAGCAACGUGGUCAUCUGGCUUUACAUGCACCCCAAGGACUUUCUGCGGCGCAACAACACGGGCAAGCUGCUGUGGCAGGUGCUGGGGGGUGAGAGUGCGCGGCUGUGUGUGUUUGGCAUUAACGCUCACGAGGAGAGAAUGUGGGAUGAGCUGAAGCGAGCAGGUCCUGACUCCGUGAGGUGUGUGUACCCGGCGUCCUCUCCUCCCCCCGAUACCGUGCCGUCUAUGCACAUACCCUCCUCCUUCUCCUCCUCCUCAUCCUCGUCCUCCCCAGCGAGUAAGAAGCAGAUACAAAUUGAGUCGCACCACAGCACCACCGCCGCUGCUGAUGGCACUAGUAGUGCUGCUGCUGAUUCGGGGGCAGCAGAGGUAGCAGCAGCAGCAGCAGAGGCAGCAGGGGGUGCGGCACUGGCAGCAGCAGCAGCCGACAGUGCAGCGCCUGCAUCGCUGUCGCCGUCAUCCUCACCUUCACCGCUUCACUUCAUUCUCAUUGACGGCACGUGGAGCAACUCCAAGGCCAUGACUGCCCGGCUCAAGGAAGCAGCACACAGGGCAUGGGAUGGGAGGGACUUGCCUUUCCUGUCUCUUCAACCACCACAGCCAUCAGUCAUGCACGGUCUCAGGCCUCAACCAGCAGAAGACAAGACGUGCACAGCAGCAGCAGCAUCAAGCCUUUUGCGUGAGCUUGGCGAAAGGGAGGAGAUGGACACACAACAGUUAUCAAAAGCAGCAGACGCCAUAGACGAUGCAUUGCUGUGUCUGCUUGACGCACUCACGGACCGAAGGAGAAGGACCCGUCACUCUCGCGUACAUUCCGCUACGAUAAGAGCAGAUUCGUUACCAUCAUCCAGCCACUCGGCAACAACGGACCCCUCCUCGCCCCUUUCCGCCGUGCACCCGCCCCCCUCCCCGCUCCCCCCCGCGCCCCUCCCCUGCCCCUGCGCCAUCUGCUCCCGCCGCGCGCUCAUCUCCGCUUCACUCCUCCUCUCCGCCUCCGCGCUCCCCGCAAACGCAGCCGAUUCCGCGCAAACUGCGGAGGCGGCGCAAGCAGCGCUGGCGGCGGUGCGGGGCGGGAAAUGGCGGUGGCAGGAGGAGCUAUUCGCGUGGAUGAUGGCGACCGGUAUGAAGGAGUAUGAGGAGAGUGUAGAGGGGUAUAAGCUGGCUUUAUUUGAGCCUCUUCGAUCGGAAAUCGGUAUAGUAACAGGAGUGGAGAGUGGUGAAGCAGUUAGAGGAGGAGGGAUGGUGGAAUCAGGGAGCGAUGCGGUUUUUAGAUUGGUGGAGAUCGGUGUUGGAGCGGGCCCCAACUUCCGCUUCUACACCCAGGACUCGUUACAGACGCAAUCUGCGCCAGGUUUCGAGGUUGUGGGUGUAGAUCCGAAUCCGUCGAUGCAGCCAUAUGCAGAGGCGUCGGCAGCAGCAGCAGGGUUGGCAGGGAACCGAUUUCGAUUUGUUCAAGGAGUGGGGGAAGCGCUCCCAUUGGAUGACGGCUGUGCUGACGUGGUAGUGUGUUCCCUGGUGCUGUGUUCGGUAGCUGACGUCAGGCAGUGCGUCAGCGAGAUAAAGCGGAUUCUCAAGCCUGGAGGAAGCUACUACUUUCUGGAGCAUGUAGCAGCACCGCAAGGCACCUCUCUGCACCUCUGGCAAUCCAUCCUAGACCUCUUACAGCCCCUGCUAUACGACGGCUGUCACAUCACUCGCAACCCCCUCCCCACCAUCAAGCUAUCAGGCUUCGCUGCAGUUAAAGCUAGGGAGGUGAUGCUGCCAGGGCAAUGGCUAAUCAGCCCACACGUGAUUGGCCAAGCGACUAAAGCUUAG